AUGGGCGGCUCAUUAUCGCGUCUCUGGUCCUUUUUCUGGUCCAAGAAGGAAAUCCGCAUUCUGAUUCUUGGUUUGGAUAACGCUGGAAAAACGACGCUUCUUUACCGACUGAAGAUCGGCGAAGUCGUCACUACGAUACCCACGAUUGGUUUCAACGUCGAGUCGGUGACGUAUAGAAAUCUGAAUUUCAAUGUUUGGGAUCUGGGAGGCCAAACGUCCAUCCGUCCCUACUGGCGAUGCUACUAUGCCAACACCGCCGCCGUCGUCUUCGUAAUCGACUCUACGGAUAUUGAACGACUAGGUACGGCGGCAGACGAACUUGCAGCCAUGUUGAACGAAGAGGAGCUUCGCGACGCGGCUCUGUUGGUCUUUGCCAACAAGCAAGAUCAGCCGGGUGCCAAGGGUGCUGGAGAGAUCUCGGAGGCGUUGAAGCUGGGAGAGCUGCGCGACAGGAACUGGAGUAUCGUGGCUUGCUCUGCUAUCGACGGGAAAGGCCUGAACGAGGGAAUGGACUGGUUGGUGCAAACUCUUCAAUCGGAAAACGCAUAA